GGAUUUAGGUUCCUUUGCGCUUGCGCAAGCCAGGAAGUGGUUCCGGUUCUGGCGUGGCGAUUUUCGUUCCUGCACUUCGGUUGUUGCGGUUGGUGGGCAGAAGCUGAGACAAGAUGCUGCGGAAUCUGCUGGCUCUUCGUCAGAUUACCCAGAGGACCAUAAACACUGCUUCACGCAGACAUUUUGAAAAUAAAGUUCCAGAGAAACAAAAACUGUUUCAGGAGGAUAAUGGAAUUCCUGUGCAUCUUAAGGGUGGAGUAGCCGAUGCCCUCCUGUAUAGAGCCACCAUGGUUCUUACAGUUGGCGGAACAGCAUAUGCCAUUUAUCAGCUGGCUAUGGCUUCAUUUCCCAAAAAGCAGGAUUGACUUUGGUCAUCCCAGACGUCCUUUCGUUCAAUUUCAUUCAGCUCUCUGUGGACCAGUAAUAUGAUAAAUAACUGAGCUCUUCUCUGGGGAUCAAUAUUUAUUGACUUGUACUAACUGCCAUCAAUAAAGCAGUCUUUACCAUGC